AUGCCCUUUCAAAGCUCCGACAAUAUACCCAUAAGGUAUUUUAACUGGAAUUCCGUGGUCGCUUCUAUCAUGGUACAUGAGGCAAUACACUACCCCGACCUCCCACAAAGUAUGGCGAAUGCUGAAGACUGCAGCGGCGAAGCAAAAAUUCCUGAAGACCCAUUCUCCAGAAACAGCAGUUGA